CGGCCCCUUUUCACAUCCACCGCCGGAAGUGACGGCGGGGAGCUCCUGCUCCCCUUCCCGCCCGCUGACCUGACUCCUGCUGAGAGAAAUAAACAGCUGAGGGGCGGGCCGGACCGCAGCCCGGAGUUUACGUCCUGAGGAGAUUGAAAAAUACUCCGCGACCCCAAGCCCGCCUAGCUGGAAACAGGCUCCGGGCGGUGGAGCCGCUACCGCCGAGCUUCCGGAAGUUGAGGGGUUUGUUUCCGAGGGGAAGCUCUUCAGAGACGGACCGGCGACUCGAAGUAGAAUCCUGCUUAUCUAUGAAAUGCAGUUAACUCAUCAGCUGGACCUAUUUCCCGGAUGCAGGGUGACCCUUCUGUUAUUUAAAGAUGUGAAAAAUGCUGGCGAUUUGAGAAAAAGGGCCAUGGAAGGUGCUAUUGAUGGUUCAUUAAUAAACCCUACAAUGAUUGUCGAUCCAUUUCAGAUACUUGUGGCAGCAAAUAAAGCAGUUCACCUCUACAAACUGGGAAAAAUGAAAACAAGAACUCUGUCUACUGAAAUUAUUUUCAACCUUUCCCCAAAUAACAAUAUUUCAGAGGCUUUGAAAAAAUUUGGUAUCUCAGCAAAUGAUACUUCAAUUCUAAUCGUUUAUGUUGAAGAGGGAGAAAAGCAGAUAAAUCAAGAAUACCUUAUCUCUCAGGUAGAAGGUCAUCAAGUUUCUCUGAACAGUCUUCCUGAAAUAACAAAUACUACAGACGUCAAAAAGAUAUAUAAAUUAUCUUCACAAGAAGAAAGUAUCGGGACAUUACUGGAUGGUAUCAUUUGUAGAAUGUCAACAAAAGAUGUUUUAUGAAAUGACAGAAAUGUCAACAAAAAUUUUCAGCAUCAAAAAUUUGAUUUCCCUUUCCUGAUUAUAAAGUUAAUACAGACAUCUCUGUUAUAAAGAUAUCAUCAUAAAUGAGUAGAAAGUUGAAGCUUCCCUGUGAUCGGUGUUCAGACUCAGAUCUGUGCUCGUAAUGGCUCUAUCACACUGUCUUUCUGUGCCAUUACUAUAAUAUGUUCUUUUCAUCAGUGUGUAACUUUGCUUAUGCUUUUAAUUGCUUUAAAAUGUUCAGUUUUGCAAAUUUCUGUACAUUUCCAUUUCUUGAGGAUAGCCUCCGUAGCGUAGAAUUAUUAGGGAAGAGGUUAUAAACUUAAAGGAUUUUAAUAUUGGGAGUCUUUGCACAUGCCACGCUCGGCAGCAUUGCUUUUAUUUUUUAUUUAUUUAUUUUAAAAGAUUUAUUUAUUUAUUUAUUUAUACAAGCACUGGGUACAGUCAGAAGCGUGGAAGGGUGAGAGAAUUCACCAGAGCCAGAGCGGGGAACAGAACAGCCAGACUGACGAAAUACACUGCUGAGGGGAGCAGCAGGCGGCAGGAGAGGUCUGCGCGCCUUGUGGGACCCUCGUCGGUGGCCGGGUUUUGAACCGGCACUGCAGAGGCUGCAGGCAGCUUCGCAACCCAGCGCUCAACCACUGCGCCACCAGGGAGGCCCAACAGCAGUAUUGCUUUUAACAGACAUUGCCAUGUUGAGAAGUUGGACUGUAUGUUAGAAAAAGUGGUUUUAAAGGUGUUAUUUCUCUAACUGUAUUUGUUUUCAACUCCUUUGACCCUUUGGGUCAAGAAGAAAUAAAAGACAAAGUAAUACCAUUUCUUAAGAAAGAAAAAUUAGCAGAAGUUCUACAAGACUUAUGAAACUCUUUUUGAGCCAAUUUGGAAUAAUGUUCUUUUUUUAAAUUUUUUUAAUUAAUUAUUUUUUGUUUACAUCAUUGUUCAUUUUUAAACAAUAUUUGCUUCCCCCCACCCCCUCAGGUGUAGUCCUCAUAGAGUUGCCUUCACCAAUGCACCCGUGCAUCAUCACCUCAGUCCCCUGUGCUCCUCCCUCCCUCCCUUGCAUCCCUCUCCCUCCUCUUCCCCUGCAGUAUGUCUCUGAUUUAUAAUUGUCUGUUUUUGCUUUGUUGUGUUUUGUACUAUUAAUAUUUUUUUACACUGAGUCUUAUUUGGUUCCCCUAUAUUCCUGCUAUAAGUGAAACCAUUGAUAUUUUUCUUUUUCCUUCUGGCUUAUUUCACUGAGCAUAAUUCCUUCCAGCUCCAUCCACGUUGCUGUGAAUGGCAUGAGUUUAUCUUUUUUGAUUGCUGAAUAAUAUUCCAUUGUGUAUAUACACCACAUCUUCUUGAUCCAGUCAUCUAUUUUGGGGCAUUUGGGUUGUUUCCAGGUUUUGCCUAUUGUAAAUAGUGCUGCAAUAAACAUAGGUGUACAGAUGCUCUUUUGAAUCAAUGUUUUGUGUCCUUUGGGUAGAUCCCUAGGAGUGUAAUUGCCAGGUCAUAUGGUAGUUCCAUUUUUAGUAGACUGAAGAACCUCCAGACAGCUUUCCAUAGUGGUUGGACCAGUUUGCACUCCCACCAGCAAUGUAGGAGAGUUCCUUUUUCACCACAUUCUCCCCAACAUUUGUUGUUGCUUGUUUUUUUUUGGUAUGUCCCAGUCUUACUGGUGUAAGGUGGUAUCUCAAUGUAGUUUUGAUUUGCAUUUCCCUGAUGAUAAGGGAUGUUGAACAUUUUUUCAUAUGCCUGUUGGCCAUUUGUAUUUCCUCUUUGGAGAAAUGUCUUUUAAGUUCUUCUGCCCAUUUUUUGACUGGAUUGUUUGUUUUUGUUGAGUCAUGUGAGUUCUUUGUAAAUCUUUGUUAUCAGUCCCUUAUCAGUUGAAUGGAGUUCAAAGAUUUUUUCCCAAUCAGAGGGGUGUCUUUCUGUUUUGGUUAAUGUACAGAAGCUUUUCAGUUUGAUGUAAUCCCAGGUGUUUAUCUUUUCCUUGACUAUCUUUGCUUUGGGUGAUGAGUUGUUAAAGAUGUUAUUGCGAUGUAUGUCUUGUAGUGUUUUACCUAUAUUUUCUUCUAUAUAUUUUAUGGUUUCAAGUCUUAUGUCCAGUUCUUUUAUCCAUUUUGAGUUUAUUUUUGUGCAUGGUGAGAGGUAGUGGUCUAGUUUCAUUUUUUUGCAUGUGGUGGUCCAGUUUUCCCAGCACCAUUUAUUGAACAAACUGUCUGUGUUCCAUUGCAUGUUCUUUGCUCCUUUGUCAAAGAUUAGUUGUCCAUGUAAGUGUGGCUUUAUUUCUGAGCUCUCUAUUCAGUUCCAUUGGUCUGUGUGUCUGUUUUUGUUUCAAUACCAAACUGUUUUAAUUAUUAUGGCUUUAUAGUAUAGCUUGAAGUUUGGAAGUGAGAUAACUCCUUUCUCCUUUGUUUUCUUCAACUGGGCUUUGGCUAUUUGUGGCUUGGAAUAAUGUUCUUUACCUAAACCAGAUCGCUCCAUGGCCUAAAUAACCCCCCAGCAAAAGCAGCCCAUAUUAGAGGUUUUGUGGUGCUAGCAGAAAAGGGGAUGUGGUCUUGGUAAGCCCCAUGAAUUUGACUCUUUAAUCAAGGGUACAGAUUAAAGCAAAAUGCCAGCUCUCUCCUGAUUUACCCUGUGGUAACAUUGAGGAAGGCUCUGUUGCCCAGGUGAUCUUUAUUGUUCCCUACCUCCCCAGCCUUGGGAGCGAUCAUGGUUUUAAGUAAUUAUAGCAGAAGAGUCUUUAACAACCCUUCAUUCCAUUAUCCCCCACAUACACUCAAAAGUACAGGACAACUCGUAAGUCCUGAGCUGUAUUUUAGGUGCCCCGUGACCCAUAGCCUUUGUUUUGGGGCUUUGCAGCUGUCUGCUGUCUGCUUUCUGCUUUUCCUUUCUUAUGAUCCUGGCUCAGUUUUACUAACUAUAGUACCUCUCUGCACUCACAUUACUAUUUUUUUUUAAAAAGAUUUAUUUAUUAAUGCAUAGAAGAGCUGGGACAUAAGCCAGAGAUGAGGGAGGUGAGAGGAUUCACCAGAGACAGAGUGGGAAACAGAACAGGCAGAUUGACUAAAGUACACUGCUGAGGGGAGCAUUGGGCAAGUCAGGAGAGGUCUCCUGCGCCAUGUGGGUAGCUCCCUGGCUGGGGAUCGAACUCAUGCUGCAGUGGCUGUGGACAGCUUCAUAGGUUGCAUAUUAACCCCUGGUGCUACCAGGGAGGCCCUCACAUCACUAUUGAGUAAAGCAUAACCUGCUUUGGUCUCAGAAUGAGUACAGUUUGUAUUCAUCAUAUUUGCACUUUCUUGAUGUUUUCAUAAUCUCUUCCAAUUUUCCUCUCCAAAUCACUGUCCCCCCACUCUUCUCUCCAUUCUGGGGAUUAACCUAUAUGUGCACAGCAAGUGGUUUCCCUUCUCCUUGGCUUCUGCUGGUAUUUAGCCAGUGUGUGAGGAAGGGGUAGCUAGCAAGAGGUUGAUGGGAGAAGAGUGAGACCAGAGUGUUUACUGUUCCAGUUCCCUGGACCCCUCAGAACAGCCCACUCUGCUCAACCCCUGGCUCUGGUUCCACUCAACUUCCUCCUGCCUUGUUUCAGGCCUCUGGGCAAUAAUGCCAUUCCUUGCUCCCCUUUACCCAGCUACACUUUCAUAAUUAUUGUCUCUAUAAUGUCUACUUGAGUUACUCUAAUUGAGUGUUGGGACCAGAUCCUUUCUUCCUCAGAAUUUGUUAAAAGUUUGCUAAAGAAUAUUUCUCUAGGGCCUUCCUGGUGGCGCAAGGAGUUAAGCGCCGUGCUAUGAAGCAGUCCACAGCCUCUGCAGCACGAGUUUGAUCCCUGGCCAGCCGGAGAGCUACCCACAUGGCAAGGCAGAACUCUCCUGUCUCGCCCACUGCUCUCCUCAGCAGUGUGUUUCAGUCAAUCUGUCUGUUCUACUCCCCACUCUGUCUCUGGUUGGUCUUCUCACCCCCUGCAUCUCUGGCCUGUGCCCCAGCUCUUGUAUGCAUGGAUAAAUAAAUAUUUAAAAAAAAAUAUUUCUCUAGAGCAGGCCAAUUACCCUAGACUUUCCGAACAUCUUACCAAGGAUGACCUAUCUUUCUACAUUAUUUCUGUUGCCAUUGUUUCUUAGUUCUCAGUGGAAGUCCAGGGCACUGACAUGAAAUUGGGUUACUGGGAACCCUGAGGAGAAGUCAGGGAAUAUGACCCCUUAAGUUAUUCCAGAAACUUAAGUUAAACGUCCUGAAUUAUUUUUCUUACUGAGAUUUCCAAAACAUAAUGCCUGUAUACCUUCUAUCUCAUUGGUCCUUCCUGGACGGGGCUGGUCCUUAGGCGAGUGUUCUUCAUAGAUGGUAAGCAUUUGUCUACAUGUGCUCUCAAGUCCCACAACUCUUGGAACGAUGAUUCCAAACAUAUAACCUAUUAUAGUCAGUUUCCUAUGGGUAAUAGAAAGUUGAGUAAAAUCACAGUACUUGACACUGUUAAUAUCUAGUUUAAUUAACAAUUACUUGUUAAGCAAAUAACAGCAAUAAGUACUUAGAAGUGUGAUGCUUUAUGGGG